AUGGUUGGAGGAUUUUUAUCCCUCUCUUCGGAGAAUAACAUGAAGAGCAAAAAAAAAGACUAACAUUAUACAUACAGCGUGGGAUGAAACGGCUUGUUAAAAAGAUCUAUAUUAAUUUGGGAAACAUUUAACACAGUUGUCGCUUUAGUUAAUACUUGAAAUUAAACUGCUCGUCAUUUUAGCAUUGAUUAUGGCCAUGCAUUGAUGCAAGUGUAUGAUCCAUACCUAGGGAACCCAAACACACAAGAAACUACGACCCAGGUAGAUCGAUAGGUUUUCUUUUUUGGGACGUGUGAUAGCUAAUCCACACUUCUGGUUUUCCCAGAUAUCUGAUCGCACAGUACCCUGGUGGAUGAAGGCUGAUCAUUUUCCCUGAGAAGUGAUGGCUAGGUCCUGCUACUUGUGGUGGUUUUUCUCGGGAGUUCCGCUCCAACGUCCGUCACGCCGUGGACUCCGCUUCCUCCGCGCUGCGCUUCCGGAGCUGCGCGCUGCGGGUCACAUGACCGGCCUGUGCAGCGAGACUUGGUGCGGCGUUACACAAACACCGCGCAAAACAUCUCGCAAAACACCCAGUAAAACAGACCGAAAGAGCGCAUUUGAUCAGAUCUGUGUCUGCCGCUUGCACGAUGAGUGCUGGCACCCCAAAAUCGCUGCCGUCUUCGGGACAGAAAUCCAUUCAGGACAUCAGCCACCCCCUUUCUGCCGAAGAGUCUGUCCUGACACCCAGCCCAGAUGUGGGAAACACCACCAGCAGCCUCGGUGAAAAGGACUUGAGCCUUCCUAACGGCACUCCCGCGGGCACGUCCAGCCCGGGUUCUUCGUCCUCCCUCUUAAACCGCCUGCAGCUGGACGACGACCUCGAUGGCGAGACCCACGACUUAUUUGUCUCUGUCGACGACCCCAAGAAACACGUGUCCACCAUGGAAACGUAUAUCACCUACAGAGUCACCACCAAGACUAGCAGGACAGAGUUCGACCUGCCGGAGUACUCACUACGGCGCAGAUACCAAGAUUUUGAUUGGCUUCGAAACAAACUAGAGGAGAGCCAGCCAACGCAUCUCAUUCCCCCUCUCCCGGAGAAGUUUGUGAUGAAAGGUGUCGUGGACAGAUUUUCUGAGGAAUUUGUAGAAACGAGACGGAAAGCACUUGACAAAUUCCUGAAGAGGGUAGCAGACCACCCGGUCCUGUCAUUCAAUGAAAAUUUCAAUGUUUUUCUCACGGCCAAGGACCUGAAUUCCUAUAAGAAGCAAGGCUUGACGUUGCUGACAAAAAUGGGGGAGUCUGUGAAGUACGUCACAGGCGGAUAUAAGCUGAGGGCUCGGCCUCUGGAGUUUGCCGCUAUGGGUGACUACCUGGACAUCUUCACGCAGAAGCUAGGCACCAUCGAUAGGAUAGCACAGAGGAUCAUCAAGGAAGAGUCAGAGUAUCUGGUAGAACUGCGUGAGUACAGUCCUGUGUACAGCAGCUGGGCAGGCUGUGAAGGAGAGCUGCAAAAGCCUUUGGAGGGAGUAUCGAGUUGUGUCAGCAGCUCCUCCUCUGCCCUAGAGGAACUCACAGAGGAUAUGAGCGAGGACUUCCUCCCAGUGCUCAGGGAAUACGUUCUCUAUAUCGAGUCCAUGAAGAAUGUCCUGAAGAAGAGAGAUCAGGUCCAGGCUGAAUAUGAGGCAAAAUUGGAAGCUGUCGUUUUGCGGAAGGAUGAAAAGUCAGGGGUGCCCGCAGAUGUGGAGAAGUGCCAGGAUCGAGUGGAGUGCUUCAACGCCGACCUGAAAGCUGACUGGGACCGCUGGCAGAACAACAAGAGGCAGGAUUUCCGACAGCUCCUCACCGGAAUGGCCGACAGAAACAUCCAGUACUACGAGAAGUGCCUUGCAGCCUGGGAGUCCAUUAUUCCAUUAUUACAGGAGAAACCAGACAUCAAAAGUGAGACAGACUGAGUCCAGGAACAUUGGCUAUGAAGGACGUUCAUUCUGAAGGGAUUUUCGCAGAACACGGACACACGGACUGAUUACGGACUGCGAGUAUUUCAUCUUUUUUUGUGUUUAUACUUGUGAACCCAGUCUGAGUUCCAUCCGGUGGCGUGGCUUGACGCGGAUGUUAGGCUGAAUCUGACAGCAUAGCCUCCUGCUGAUCGGACUACACUGGCUACCCAGGUGACUCGAACCUAUAACCUUACCGAACCCAAAGGAGCGAAUAAGCGGUUUUCUUUUAACAAGCAUUAAAUGACCAUUUUGUAAAUAGUUUUUUGAGGGAGAAUCAGACCUUUAGACGCCUCAUUGCUCUCGGCACACGGAACGUCUCAACGCUGUACGCAGUGUUUUCAUAGGAAAAACAUCGUCACGGGUGUUGGGCUUCAUUUUUGGAACGUAUUCAUAUCUGUUACAUGACCAGACAAAAGGGAUAUAUUUGGCACAAGAGACAUGAAUCGUCUCUGGUUUUUAUAAUGGAGAUGAUAUUUUCAUAAGGCCCGGUGUUCAGCGCUACGUCGUUAAAUCGGCUUAAAGUCUGAUCGGCCAAGACCAGGGGGACACAUGAUGAAGAAUGUGGUUUUGCAUAAAAGGUCCUUUCGGUGAAAGUGCUCAAGAUGCUCAUUUUUUUGGUGCUAAAAAAAGGGAUGUUUGCUGAUUGUACCUAAAAUAAUCAAUGGACUAAUUAUUUGAACUUUGAUGGUAUUUUUUUUUUAAGACCUGUAGACCUAAUUUAGAGGUCAAUUUUAUAUAGUAAAACCGAGCAUAUUGGCAUCUUCCCUGAAACAGUGUCACAUUAAUCAGAUCUUUGCAUAAAUGUGAUAGACUACAGCCAUCGUUCCCUGACAGGAUUCCCUACCAUUACACUCAUUAUGCAUAUUUCUCAUCGAUAUGUGAGCUUAAUAGGGACGCCCUGGCCACGCUUCCUGAGAUGUGCGAGUAACAUUAAUACUCUAAGGUUAUGAUUGCUGUGGUAAGGUUUGUGAUGUAAUUUACCAAUUAGUACUAACCCCAUGACACACUACUCUUUUAAUUUGUGGAAAACAAGUAUCAAAUGUUGUGCUGAAGGUUCACUAAUAGUCAGCAAAUUUGAAGCUCUACAUUUUUUAAGUAUUGAUAGAUUCUUCCUAACUGAUAUCUUGACCUGUGAACAUUUGGUUACUGAGUAUGCCUCUUCUGUGAUUAGAUAACAGAAAUUAACGUAAGUGGUCUGGUAACUGAAGGAAAUUUGAGUACUAUGGAAAUUACUCUUGUAAUGAUAAUAUAGUUGUUUCUGUACUAAUUAUAGAUUUGUUUUUCUAAAUAAACUGACCUCAUGCAAUACAUACACUACUUGUCACAAAAUACUUAAAUGUUCAUUUGAUAAACCUGGCCACAGACAAUUUUUUGAAGAUCAGAUGUAUUUCGGCGGGGGGUGGAGGGGGGACCACGUAUAAUAUUGAAUGGACACAUUUUCAGAAUGCUAUGCUUACAGUCCAAAUAUACCCAGUCUCACAAUUGAUAUCUACACUAUUGUAAACAGACCAUGUAGUAUCUUACGUGAUCUUACAAAGGAACCCCAGCAUGUCCUAUGAAAUGCCAAGUGUCUGUCUGUGCACCUCCGAAACGUGGCAGCUUAACGCUGGAGAUCUGCACACGGCUCAGUUUCUCUGUGCUAAGAUCUCCAGCCAAGGUCAGCGUUUAUAGACUGAUUGUAAAGGCUGUAUUGUUGGUUGUGAUGUAAAUUCUUCCGAAUUUUGUUUCCAAUGGUAAAUUAAACAUUUGUCAUAAAACUCCUUGAGCAAA